CAAAAGGGAAAGAGAGAAAAGAGAGAGGAUAGUGACUGUGAAAUGAGAAAAAGAAACAUGGCGGUCUGCAUGUUCUGGCUGCUCACUUACGUGGGACAGGGGCUGGAUCUGGCGGUAGGCAAUCGACCAGCGAUCAUAGUGCAAGGCACACAAGGACUAGACUACCGUCAUGGAAGCAAUAGCAUUAGAAAGAAGAACGAGCCGAACUCGAUAGGCAGCAACCUGUUGCAGUUCAGGAUAUAUCCUUCCGAAGGCUCCCACCGGGACGACCUAUCGAAUUGGCUGGUCUUCAACGACGAACCGCGGAUAUCCUCGUGGUCUCCGGCGGGCAUACUGAUCGACGACAUGGUGAAGGAGCCGCGCGAGCUCCAGUCGGUGUUCUUCGCCUUGUCGCCCACCGUCCUGAACGUCCUUUAUUCCGAUUACAUGACGUCGCAGACGUCCACGCACGCGAUCGCCGUGCAGCCCGUCGUUCACGACGACAACAAUCUGCAUCUUCACGGCGGCCGGCCGCAGCAUCAGCGCCCCAAGAAGCGGCGCAUGUUGGGCUGCAGGCAUCCCAUCAAGGGCACGCUUAGCCUGCCGAUCUUGGUGUGCGACGGCAAGAAGAACACUGCGGCGGCAGCGGCGGCGAUUCUUCAGGACCCAUCCAGACAAUCGAACUACCACGACGAUCUCUAUGAGCAGAGAUUCAACACUGCGACGAGUACGAAGACUGAUCUCGCGCGCGCCGACGGCAUACCCCGUGAUGGCAUAUCAAAUGGCGGCUUCAUCCCGAGGCCACUUGUCUACGAGGCCAACAAGCUACCCGGCAAGCGGAAUCAGAUCUCGGUAGGACGGCGUUCAGCCGAUGUGCCAGCCGAAUCCCCGGGACACCAGGCUCAAGCGUCCGCGACGUCCUCGACGACCUCGACCGGCGCGAGCAUCGCCUCGCAGUUCAUGCUAAGGUCCAUCAGGGGCAGUAUACAGUACGACGUGCCGCAAAUCGAAUGCCCUGUCUCCGAAGACGGAAUGGAGAGAUUUGCUUGUCCAACUGCGGAUAGAAUGGGCAGAUAUCAUUGCAUCGACGAUCAUGUCCUGUGUGAUGGCUUUAUUGACUGUCCCACAGGCGAGGACGAGGACAGGCAAGCCUGCAUGUUUUAUAAAACCACGAAAGCGCACCUGGACGUAUUAGCGGACGCCAUACUACGAUGGGCGAGAGGACGCUAAUUCCUUUGUUGACGAUGAACCUGUACAUAAAAUCACAAGUCUGAUAUGUCUACUUCUUUAUAUAUUCAACGA